CCCUGCGCAGGCGCUAUGAAUGGACCUAAACCGCACCCAGGCAUUUACGGUAAACCGAAGUAUGAUUUAGCUUUCUUUGCCGCAUCUACUGCGAGAAUGAAGACCAUUCUCAGCAAUCAGACUGUCGACAUCCCAGAAAAUGUCGACAUUAACUUGAAGGGACGGACAGUUAUUGUGAAGGGCCCCAGAGGCACCCUGCGGAGGGACUUCAAUCACAUCAAUGUAAAACUCAGUCUCCUUGGAAAGAAAAAGAAGAGGCUCCGUGUUGACAAAUGGUGGGGAAACAGAAAGGAACUGGCCACUGUUCGCACAAUCUGUAGUCACGUACAGAACAUGAUCAAGGGUGUUACACUGGGCUUCCGUUACAAGAUGAGGUCGGUGUAUGCCCACUUCCCCAUCAACGUUGUUGUUCAGGAGAAUGGUUCUCUUGUGGAAAUCCGAAAUUUUUUGGGUGAAAAAUACAUACGCAGGGUUCGAAUGAGGCCAGGGGUGGCCUGUUCAGUAUCUCAAGCCCAGAAAGAUGAGUUGAUUCUUGAAGGAAAUGACAUUGAACUUGUGUCAAAUUCAGCUGCUUUGAUUCAGCAAGCCACCACAGUUAAAAACAAGGAUAUCAGAAAAUUUUUGGAUGGUAUCUAUGUAUCUGAAAAAGGAACAGUUCAGCAGGCUGAUGAAUAAGAUCUCAGUGAUCCUGCUGCAGAAACAACAAGAUAGCAGAUGGUUCUAUGGACUCAGUUAUGAUCCUUUAAAGAGACAAUAAAAACUCUUGAUUUG